AACAACCUACCACUACACCGAUUUUCAGUCUUUUUUUUUUUACGUUGCGUUCGGUUUUUUUUUUUUUUUGAACUCCUUCCAUCGGGAAGUUUGAACUAUAACCUAUGGUGAAAACCGCGAAUCUCACCGGCGCGAGAGACCGAGGGGAGAACAACGCAGAGGACAUUUAGGAAGUAUCGAAGCUGCUGUUUUAAACCCGUAGAUAUCCCAUGUGCCGGAGACGUGAUGCUCUCUCUCUUAUUCUGCUCCAGUUCUGUAUGAAAACGAGAUAGUCCGACUUUAUUACCGAGCUAAGCUAUUUCGACUGUGGCUGUUCUCCCAACUUUUUUUUUCCUUCCGGGCUCUUUAUAUAUAGUCCCCUGGAGCUCUCAUCCACGCUAAUCCCGUGCCGGAGAGUCCAGUUUAGACUUAGUCUUUACAGGGGAGAGAAGGAAGGAGAAAAUCGUUUAAGUUGGUUGUUGUUUGAGAGAUGGAUGUGAGAGUUUACCCACCGCCUCAUCAGCUGCUAGCCGCGUCGGACCACGCUAGACUGGGACAGCUUUCAUACCCCGACCCGUCUCUAGUGAACAAGAUGGAUGGGGACACUAUGUUCCUGGGCAUGCCAGAGGCCGGAUUUGACUUCGCCUCAGCCAAUCAGUUCCGUGUGCCGCAGCCUCCCCAACCGCCCAGCAAGCAGACACCCCCCAAUCUUGCAGCACAGCACUGGAGGAGGGAGACUAACAUGGCCGACACACACCGACUGCCCUGGUCAUACUCAGUGGGUUUGGGUGACGAGGAUUUCAACAUCCCCCACAUCACUCCCUCAACCCUGCCAGAGCACAUGCUGCCCCAGCAUCUCCCCCCUGGCUCCACUUCCGGACCGUACCAUCCGCUAGCCCCCGCCUCUGUCUCAGCCCCCCAACACCCCUACCAGCUACAGGGAAUGGACCUGCCUGGCAUGCCUGGGAGCCAUGAUGGCGGCUCUGUGUUGAACCAAGACGGCGGCGUGUUUGGCCAAGACAGCGGCCCGAUGACGAGUACUCUGUCAGUGAUGCAGCAGAUGGUAAACUCUGAUUUGCGGUUUGCCAGCAGCCAACAGCCAAUAGAAGCAGCUCUUGGACCCAGGGGCCAAUCAGGCAUGGGCCAGCAAAGUCAGCUAACCACUAUUAACCAAUCCAUGCUUGGGCUGAGUGGGAACUCUGUCACCCAUAAUUCUCCUUCACCACCAGGAAGUAAAUCUGCCACACCCUCUCCCUCCAGCUCUGCUCAUGAAGACGAGAAUGAUGAUGCGCUAAGGCAGAGUAGUGGAGCGGAGAAGCGGCCAGCAGCAUUAGACACCCUUAAAAAACCCAAAACACCAAAGAAGAAGAAGCGUAAAGACCCCAAUGAGCCGGUGAAGCCAGUGUCUGCCUACGCCUUGUUCUUCAGAGACACCCAGGCCAACAUCAAAGCACAGAACCCAAACGCCACCUUCGGAGAGGUGUCAAAGAUCGUGGCCUCCAUGUGGGACGGCCUCGGGGAGGAACAGAAACAAGUGUACAAGAAGAAGACAGAGACAGCCAAGAAGGAGUAUCUCAAACAACUGGCUGCAUACAGGGCCAGUCUAGUCUCUCAGAGUUACAGCGACCCAUCCGAAAUGAAACCUCCCCACUCCUCCUCCUCUUCCUCUUCCACCUCAGGGUCCAUGUUCACAGCCAAACCCCCAGUCUACCCUGGUCAUCCAGGACAGCACCCCUCUCCUCACUCCCUCCCCCACCCUCCUCCCAUCCCUGCCCCCCACCACCCGGGCAUGUACAUGCCCUACCCGCACCCCACACACCCUUCCCAUACCCCAACCUCUGGCCUUAGCCCCCACCUGCCCCCCCACCCCCAGAUGCAUCCCCAAUUGCAAGCCCUGUCCUCCAGAGGGACCGCCCCCAGACCAAGUGUCCCCCACCAGGGUGCCCUGUCCCUGGGCAGUGUGGUGGCAGCUUCCCCACCCCCGCUGCAGGUUAGCCCUCCGCUCCACAGUCAAGCACACCUAGGAGGGCUGCAUAGUCCACACCAUCAGCCUCACCACCAGCAGCAGCAUCAGCAGCUCAGCGGACACACACUGGCCAUGACACAAUCACCUGCCAUCACACAGGGUUACCCCGCCUCGCUCCAGUCAGAGUAUCAGCCAAUGGGAGGAGGUAUGCUGAGUAGUGGAGCUGUGAUGUCCUCCUCAGUGGAUUACCAUCAACUGGGGCGACCUACACCCAAUCACCAUUCCCUUGACUGGAGCACUGAUUACCAUGGCAACGGGGGUCUCUAGAGAUAACUCUCUGAUCAUGAGUUAGUCUAAGGUUGAAGUGUGAGACCAACUCUCAGCCAGACCCUUCUUCCUUCACAGCUCAUAGCAGACCUCUACUAGACCUGGACCCAUUUUAACCCAACCUUAACCCCUUGCAAGACCACAACACAGGCCCAUGCAGUUGGACCUACACGGGAUGGAUAACCCAACCCAAGCCAGGACUGUCUUUUUUUGGAUUUGACAUUAAUUGGGUUAACUCCACCUUAGUUAACCACUUUAAGCAGAAGCCUGUCACUGUACAGCCAGAUAUAUGGCCCGAUAAGGCAAUGCAGGACUAUAUAAAGGGCAAGCAGUGUUGGACCACCCCUGAAAACAACCUCAACCCAGUCCCACCUGUUGAUAUGCCUUCCUCAAACUGACAGAGACCACAACUAUGUGCUCCUGUAUACUCGACCUCAACCCAACUUCAUCCCUGUUUCAGCUAGUCCUGCUUUACUUUCAACUUCAACUUGUUUUGAUGGCAUUCAGCUGACUCUGAGCCAGAGAAGUCUGCUAUACUUUGCUCUCACAUGUACCAUUUGGUCUCCCCAGUUGAACUAAUCUAGCAGAGGAUUUUAAAUGGGGACACAGGGGAGCCAUAACUUCAAGUGAGAGCAAAUAUUGAGUGGCAUCAGUAGAAUUACACAUUCUUGUAUAUCACCGUGUUCACCAGUAGUCUAAGAAUAAACUACUGUGGACACAGCAGGGCAGCAUUAGGAACAAGAACAAUUCUUUUAGCCCUUGCAUGACUCAAACUGUCUGAUGCAUACUGUGGGUAAAUUCUACCAGCGACUGCAUGUUAAAUUCAGCUGAUCAUCUAAACACACCGCUGUAUUCAGAGUUCUUUAACAGUCCCUAAAUAAACAAUAUCAUAGAUUUGACGAGGGAUAUACUGGCUAAGGGAGUGAGUUCAGCCUGUUCUGUGAUCCAGCUGUCGAUAUAUGUGUCCCUGGUUAUUUAGCUCUUUGGUGGUAUACUUAAAAUGGAUGUAGAACAAGGUAGGUAUACUGUGAUAUCAUCAGCAUAGCUUUAUAGUUCAUUGGUGACUAGGCUAAGAGUUGAGUAUUCACAACAUGCCCACAGAAAGCUGGGGGAUACUGCUUGUUCUUUUUAUUUCAGUUCUGCCCCAAUGGUCUUUUAGCACUUAACUAGUGGAGUUUGACCUGACACAUAAUAACCACAAAUGAACCAAAUCCACACACUUAGUUUUUAGAAAACGCUUUGAAAGUUGGCUCCAAAAAGGGUCUGAACAGUGAAUGUUAAAUGCUGUAACACAGGUGUUUGACCGGUCCAUCAAACGUAAAUAAAAAAUACUGUCAAAGCUGACCGGCCUCAUCUUUAACCUCAUAGGUAAGGAUUAGUCCACUUCAAACUCUCUGGUUCUGCAUCCAAAGAUAUCAGAGCGAGGGACCACAAGCGAAGAAAAAUAUGCUGCUGUCCGAUGCUAUUUGAGCUCAGCGGCAUCAUUAGUGAUGGUUCCCUUUUGUGUUACUGCUCACAGGCAGACACAGGCAAUAAGCAGAAAGAAUCAAAAAGCACUGAGGAUUUCAUCGGUGCCUGUCUGAUUUCUGGCUAGUCUGACACAAGUACAUCUAUCUAUCUGUGGUAAACACUGAUUAGAAUAUACCCCCCCCCCGGUUUGUAACUUCAUACACUGUGUGGAGGAGUCCCCCCCCCCCCCCCGUUUGUCAUACAUCGUCUACUGCGAUAGACAAAAAGUAUUCUAAAUUAUGAACGGAAGCUGUGUUUGAAAAGCGGCGUGAUACUGCCCCUUGAUCAUGCCGGCUUAUUUAACUGAAACGUAAGGAACGAGAAAGAGAGCGAGAGAGGGAGAGAGAGAAAGAGAGGCGAAACAGCAGCCGAAGCUGUCAGUUGCCUGUUAACCAGGCGUGGAAUUGUGAAUAAUUAUGUGAAAUGAAACUGUUCUCAUAGUUCUCUAGCAGUCAGCCUCAGACCUGCGGCGGAUGGAAAACCGUGGCUUUUAAGUCCACUAGAAAUGAAACAGUCAAAACGAUGGUUUGCUUAGAAAAUACUCCUGUAGAAUAACAACGCCGUGUUGAAAAUGUCUGUUGAUUAUAUUGAUUUUGAUUUGACAAAAUCCAUGUGUAUGUGUGUGGGGGGGGGGUGCGUGCGUGCGUGUGUGUGUAUGCAUGGAUGUUUGUGUAAAGCCUGUAAAUGAAGGAGGAGAAGCCGAACUGUAAACCCAGAUACGCAGUUGUGUCAGCUGUACCUCUUUACGCCCGGUCACUAUUUAAGAAACUAUAACUGUUGCAGGGUUGAAUGCCUUUUGUUGUUAUUGUUUGUUUUUUUGUUUGUUUUUUUUUUAAAAUAAUGUAAAGUUUUGUUUUUAGUGUUAACGGUUUUGACAAGGGACGUCAGCCUUUCUGUAUCUGUUUAUGAUUAAUGUGUCAUCUGACGGGGAAAAAAGGACUCCAGGCAACAGUAACCACGUGAAGAUUUUCCUAUUUUUAGAUUCUAAUAAUGUGUUUGAGAAUAAA